AUGAAUGAUUUUCACAUUUAUGACAAGCUAAAUCAUUCGUCACAGUUUCUCUAUUCACCAACUGCGCAUCAUCCCAGGAGCAAUGUUUUUGAUAGGCUUAUGUCAGACUCAGCAGUAAGGAAGACUAAUAGUGAUGUCCUUUUGUAUACACAGCAAAUCAGACCGAAAGCAAAACCUCAGAAACUUGAGUAUAAAAUUGAAGAAAUUCUGAUGAGGAAACAUCAUGAAUCUCAAGCCCGAUUGACAGCGUUGAAAUUGAAGUAUCAAGCUGAGGAAUUAAAAGAUUUGAGGCCAGUUCCACAAAUUAAUAGUGUAUCAAGAAAAAUUGUUGAAAUUAGCGCAAAACUUGCAAGUGAUGAAGAGCAAAAAUCCUUUACUCCCCCCCCCUCCGUGAGCGAACAAAAAAAUUUUUGUUCGCUCACGGAGGGGGGUUUUAAUUUUUUUUUUUUAAAAAAAAAUUUAUAUAUAAAUUUUAUAAAAAAUAUUUUUUUUUCGAAAUUUAAAAAAAAUCCUAAUUUGCAAAAAUUGGGAAGCAAAUAUUAAUUUAAUUUGCAAAAUUUAUGUUUUAAAAAACGCAAUUUGUUUAAAAUUAAACAGAAUUAGCUCUAGAUUUCAUUAUACUAAUUAUCACUUAUAUAUCCAAAUUUUUUUCCAUUAAAAUUUUUUCUAUUAAAAAAAUUUUUGUUCACUCACGGAGGGUGGGUUUUUGGUCAAAAAAUGGCGAUUUUUCUAAUGGUUUUGUUCGCUCACGGAGGGGGGGGGGGGGUUAGAGAAAAUGGUUUGGCAAGAAUCCAAGAGGUUUUGUCUAGCUCAAGAUUCUCUAAAAAGAAUCUAAAUAUAGACUCUGAACCAAAAACUUUAAACUCUUUGCCAGAAGCCCCAAGUACUUCUAAAAGUGUCCCCAAGCAGACUGAAAUUUCUUUAAAAGAGCUCGAAAAAGCAAUAAAUUCUAAUGAAGCCUCCCCAAAGCAAGCUUUUUCCCCAAAAAUUUUUCAAUUCCCAACAGGCAACACCUCCCCAAAAUCUCUCGCAAAAUCCCAGCACUCUUACAAUUUAAGCUCCCCAGCAAGAGCCACCACAGUUCCCACCUCAAGAGGCUCAAUCGACACCCAAAAACCACUUAAAAAGCCUCACGAAGUGAGCGCGCUAUCUUUAGAAGAGCUCAGACAAGCUGUAAAAGCAAGGCCAAAGGUCUUUGAGCACGAAGAACCCCCAGAUUUGCUUGAUAUGGAUGUAUUAGAAAGAGGGAAAUUUUGGAUGAAAUAUAAAAAAGAAAAAAUUGAGCUAGAAAAAAAGAGACAGGAUGAUAGAGAAAUUGAAGGGUGCACGUUUACUCCUCAGAUCAGCCCAAGGGUGAAUUUAUUCACUCCCCCCCCAUUAAAUUGGAACUAAAAAUUUUGUUUCCAAUUUAAAGGGGGGUUAAUUUUUUUUUUUAAAAAAAAUAUCAAUAUAAAAUUUUUUAUAAAAAAACAAAUUUAUAUAUAAAAAUUCAAAAAAUUAUCGAGUUAGAUUAAUAAAUUUGUUUAAUAAAAUGCUAUUUACUCUUUAUCCUUUAAAGCAAAGCAAGAUAUAACUAAAUUUUCAUUAUUAGUUAUAAUAUUUUGGCUAAAUUUCUGAUCGGCUCCCACGAGCCAAAAAUGGGUUUUCACGUGGAAUUUCUGGAUUUUCACGCGUGAAAUCCAUCUUUGGCUCGUGGGAGCCGAUCAGAAAUUUUAGCAACUAAUUAUAAUACGCCACUAUUAAUUGGCAUCAAAAUUAUUUACACAAAAAUUAUUAUUUUUAUUGAUAAAAAAAAAAAUUUAAAAAAAAAAAUUUUAGAAAAUUUAUCAUCAAAGUGCUAAUUUUGUUUAAAUAAGAUGUUAAUUAUACUCUAUUCUUUAAAAUAAAGCAAGAAAUAAGUAAAUUUUGAAAUUUUUAUAAAGAAUUCCUAUUGAAUUUAUAUCAAAGCUAUCCGAAUAAAAAAAUAUCAUUUUUAUCAAAAAAAUAAUGAAAAAUUUUUAAAAAAAAAUUAAUUUUUUUUUUAAAAUUUAGCAAUUAAGGAUAAUAAAUUUAUUUAAAUAAGAUGCUCUUUAUACUUUCUUCUUUAAACAGAGCAAGAUAUAACUAAAUUUUUAAUUUUAGUUAAGAAGAAACAUUUAACUUAUAUCAAAACUUUUUAGAUAAAAAUUAUAUAUAAUUUUUUAUUAUAAAAUUAAAUUUUGUUCCAAUUUAAAGGGUUAAUUUACCAAAAAAGUGGAAAUUUUACCUAUAUUUUGUUCCAAUUUAAAGUGGGGGGAUUCAGAGACUUCUUUUAGUGGGCUGAAUAGAUCGGCGUCACCUGCGCAGCUUAAUUUGAGCUAUACCCAAAUUUAUCUCAAUAAGAAGCAUUAUAGGUCUGUUUCGAAUAAUUGGAGACCAAGCUCAGCGCUGGGUAGAGCUACAAAAGAGGUCAAAAAAAUAACCCCAAAAAUUAAGCAAUUAAAGGCAAAAAGUCCACCAAGAGCGUUAAGAAAUAUUUCUCCGACAGUAAAAAAUAUUAGUUAUCAGUCAGGGUUUAAUGUGGAUCAGCUUAUAUCAAGAGCGCAGCCUAUGGUCGAUUAUCGAGCUUUAGGAGCAAUAUAG